AUGUCAUGUUCAAAAAUAUUUUCAGAAGAUUUACCUGAAUUAACAUAUGAAGUUAUAAAAUAUUUUCAGAAUGAUUAUUCAACUUUAUAUUCAUGCAUUUUAAUUAACAGAUUAUGGUGUCGUUUAGCGAUUCCAUUAUUAUGGGAUAAUCCAUUUUCAAUUUGUACCAAAAACAAUAAUUUUAUUGAAAUUUAUUUACAUAAUAAUUUAGAUUUUAUAACAAAAUUAAAUGAAUACAAAUUUUAUAUUAAUAAUUCAUUAUCUACGAAUACACUACAUUCAAAAUUCGGAGUUAGAAAUCUUUUUAAAGCUUUUGAUUCGGUAUCUAAGUUAAUAUUUAAAAUUUUUAUUGAAAAUGAAAUAAAAUUACAUACUCUUGAAAUUGAGAUCUCAGAUAUUUAUUAUAGUUAUAGUGCAUAUCUUAACGAAAUUCUUUAA